UACGUAAUGUAAUGUACUAUAUAUCUAUGUGUAUAUAAUCAUAGACUUUUCGCGAAAGGAAAGAGUCAAAAAUUAAAAAAAUUAAAAAAAAAAGAAUUUGGAUGAUUUUAAAAGCAAAAUCAUUUAUAUAAAUUAUAUUUGCUUAUAGUAGUAUGUAUUGAUGUAAAAAUCCCCGCGUUUCCUCCAAAUCUCCCUCCCCCUCUUCAUCGCUCUCUCUCUCUCUCUCUCUCUCUAACAGCCAACAGGGUCAUCAAUGGCAUCAAUCUACAACUGCAUCGAAUGCGGAAACAACCUCAACCUCCACACCAACCACCUCUACCCACCGGACUUCUACUUCGAGGCCGGCAACAAAGGCACCCUCUCCUUCGCCGUCGUCGACGCCACCAAAUUCAACUUCGAGAAAGAGGACAAGAUCAUGCCCUUCUUCGAAACCCUCAAUUACUGGGGGAUCCAGCGGAAGAGGGUCAAGAUCAAGUGCAGCUGCUGCGGCCGCCUCGUGGGUUACGUGUACGACGAUGGCCCUCCGUUGACGGAUUCCCCUGGGCAGUUCCAUUUUGGCCCCAGUCAAGUCGUCCCUAGGGCUCCGAGGUAUCGAUUCAAGAAUAAGGCUCUUCGGAUCACUCACGAAACUUGACCAAUUUUCAUGAAUCUGUACUGGGUUUGGCUUCGAUUGACAGGAUUUGGUGGGUAUGGCAAUUAUACGCUUAUCUCUUUGUAAAAUAAUAUAUAUGUGCGUGUAUGAUGAUGUUGAAUGAAGUGCUUUUGCACCUGGUUGAGACUUCCAA